AGGCAGGCCUUGCUCGAAAGGUUUUGGCACGGCAUCUUAUCUCCUAAGUAGCCUCCCUGGCUUGAGUUCGCCGAAAGGGGCAGAAGGGGGGGUUUGCCAAGGGGGUCGAGCCGACUCCCCCAGCCAAACUUUGAUAGGUUGUUUACGUAUGCGGACGCGACUGUCCUUCAAUAAAAUGGGCGGACUUAAUAAUUCUUAGCCAUUUCUUGAUGUUCUUAGCUCAACAGACACGUUGCUAAUUUAACUCCACAAGUAACGGCAAUUCAACAUGUCAUCCAAAGUCCUCCUCAUCACAGGCGCCACGGGCCAUCAGGGAGGCGCCGUAAUCGAGGCACUUCUCAACCGGGCUCGUGAUAAGUUCACCAUACUCGCCGUUACACGCGAUGCCAAUAGCCCCAGUUCUCAGCGCCUGGCGGAGAAAUCGCCCUCGAUCAAGCUCGUGCAGGGCAAUCUCAACGAUGUCCCGAGCCUCUUCCAAGAAGCCCGAAAGACUCAUUCGCAACCCAUCUGGGGCGUCUACUCGGUCCAGAUCUCGAUAGGGUCGGGGGUGACCCUCGAAGGCGAAAUUGCCCAGGGAAAGGCCCUUAUCGAUGAAUCAAUAAAGGCUGGUGUGAAGCACUUCGUGUACGGUAGCGUUGAACGCGGCGGCGAUGAAGCAUCGUGGAACAACCCGACCCCAAUCCCUCACUUCCAGUCCAAGUACCAUAUCGAACGACACCUCCGAGAUGUCACAAGCUCGGGAAAGCCGGGCGAGAACAUGGGCUGGACGAUCCUGCGUCCCGUCGCAUUCAUGGACAACCUGACUCCCGGCUUUCCGAUGAAGGUCUUCAUGGCUGCCUUACAUAACCACCUUGGAAACAAACCUCUGCAGUGGGUUGCUCCGUCCGACAUCGGGGUUUUUGCGAUGAAAUCGUUCACCGACCCCGAGCAUUGGAACCGAAAGGCCGUUGGGCUUGCGGGCGAUCAGCUAUCGUGGGAGGAUCUCAACGCGUCUUGGAUCAAGGCGACGAGAUCUCCGGUUCCGGUAACCUACUGGUUCUUCGGCAGUGUGUUGACUUAUUUGGCCACUGAGUUAUCCCUGAUGAUCGGCUGGUUCGCGAGUGAUGGAUACAAGGCGGACAUCGCGGCUAGACGCAAGGAUCAUCCCGAGAUGCUAACGAUGGAGAAGUGGCUAGUUAAGGAGAGUCAGUUUGACACGACGCAUCGAUCGUAAGGAACAAAGGGUAUGAAUCUCGGCGGAGAAAGCAUGAUAGCAUACAGCUGUAUGGUAUACACACGAGGUUGGUUUAAUCAAUACAACGUGCUUUCGAAAGAUGUAUGUAAUGAAUCUGGUAUUUAUACAGAGAAUGGCAAACCCCUUUAAUUUUGUGAGCAGCACCAACCUCAGGAAAUGCGAUCCGCGACCUUCUUAUGCUAGGAUGGUGAAAGCUUGUGAACCAUCAUUGGCACAUGGAGCAGAAUCAAGCCGACUAUCUCCAGCCACAACGCAAGUUGCGUUACGCUCACUCUCGGGCGCAAAGACGAGACUGGUUCCGCCCGUGAAUGGAACCAAUUGACCGUCGUUUGUGUCGCCACCUAAUCAGGAUUUAGUGCAAGGACAUAUUUUCGAGGAAACAUAAUAACAAACCUCCAUCUGCUCGUCCUCCGCAAGAGAACAAAGUCACCGUGUCGCCGGCUGGACGACGCCCGUCGAAGCUGAUACAGCCAUUUGUCUUAAGGGAGUGUUAGAUCAGCCCGAUUUAUCUACCUAUGUAUGGAUGCGGUUCUAAGAGACGACUUACCAAA